AUGCAACAGAUGACCAUGGUUCGGGAUCGAAUUGCCACACUGAUUGCCCGUCGAGAUGGUCGACCCAAUAUAUUGAGGUGUGAAGUGGAAACUCUGUACGUUCACUGUGGCGGCCGGGGAUGUGAGGGUGGGCUGAGUCUGAUCUCCGGUCACUUCGCAAAUCCAAUGGCCGUUAUCGCGGACGGCCUGAGCGAAACUCUGCGGAACAGCAGCACCGGCGGUGUUAGGACUGGCGUUGUUGAGCGCCGGCUGUUGAGCGCCGGUGACGAUCACCUUCUUAGUGGCGAUCACAUCAGUGAACCACCGCUUCAGAAGCUGUAG